CAAACAAUCUUUAAUACAUUGAGCUCAAAAGCUAGCAGCUUUACUGUACUGACUUGGAGUAAACAAAUUGCAUUUUUUCUUUCCACAUUUCUUAAAGGGAUUUAGAUAAUGGAGGUGAUAAAAGUAAUCAAAGAGAGGGAAUAAGAGUUUCUAAGAAUUUAAACAUUUUAGAAAGAACUUUGAACUGAAGAAAACUGCAGGGAAAUUGAGGGAGAACACCAAAUGACCUCAUGUCUUCAGAUUAAGAUAUGAAAACUGCUAGAAAAUAACCCCACCAACUUGACUUUAGUGGAAAAUACGCUGAACUGGGAGUCAGGUCUGUUUCUCAAUUUGUGAAGAUUGUUCUCUUCAGGUUUCCUUCUAGACGCCUAAAUUAGUGAUGGCAGAAUCCACUCAUAAAAAUUCCAGUUAUGGGAAUCAGUCUUAAAAUCAUUAGUUUUCCUGAAGUACAACCAAAAAUGAAGCCCUCCCCUGACUGCUAAUGGCACUCAUCUCUAUAAUUAUGAAAAUGGUCUUCCUUUUGCUGAAAAUGUCUCUAAUUCUUUGACAACGGCUUAAGAACAAUGGGGUCAAGUACACUCGGGAAAGCAGCAACAUUGGAUGAGCUGUUGAACACAUGCAUCGAAAUGUUUGAUGACAGGGGAGAAUUGAGCAACAGUUAUUUGCCAAGAAUUGUUCUUUUGAUGCACCGAUGGUAUCUAUCAUCCACUGAGCUGGCAGGAAAACUUCUCUCAAUAUACCGAGAUGCUUGUGGGGAAGGAUGUGAUGAAUUCCGCCUAAAGGUUUGCUACUUCAUGAGAUAUUGGAUUCUGGAAUUCCCAGCAGAAUUUAAUCUGGAUCUUGGUUUGAUUCGUAUGACUGAGGAGUUUCAGGAAGUAGCCAGCCAACUGGGAUAUGAAAAACAUAUCAACCUCAUUGAUAUAUCCAGCAUUCCUUCCUAUGACUGGAUGAGAAGAGUUACACAAAGAAAAAAAGUAUCUAAGAAGGGAAAAGCCUGUCUGCUGUUUGACCAUCUGGAGCCCAUUGAACUGGCUGAGCACCUUACUUUUCUGGAGCACAAAUCUUUCAGACGGAUUUCUUUCACAGAUUAUCAAAGCUAUGUAAUUCAUGGCUGCCUGGAGAAUAACCCUACCUUGGAAAGAUCCAUUGCUUUAUUUAAUGGGAUCUCUAAAUGGGUCCAAUUAAUGGUUCUUAGUAAACCAACUCCACAGCAAAGAGCAGAAGUCAUCACAAAAUUUAUAAAUGUUGCCCAGAAACUCCUUCAGCUGCAGAAUUUCAACACACUGAUGGCAGUGGUUGGAGGACUGAGCCAUAGUUCUAUUUCCCGCCUCAAAGAGACUCAUUCUCAUCUUUCUUCAGAAGUUACAAAGGACUGGAAUGAAAUGACAGAACUGGUCUCCUCCAGUGGCAAUUACUGCCGUUACCGCAAAGCUUUUGCUGACUGUGAAGGCUUCAAAAUCCCCAUCCUGGGCGUUCACUUGAAAGACUUGAUUGCCGUUCAUGUCAUUUUUCCAGACUGGACUGAAGAUCAUAAAGUCAAUAUUGUGAAGAUGCACCAGCUCUCAGUGACCUUGAGUGAGCUGGUUUCCCUCCAGAGUGCCUCACACCACUUGGAACCUAACAUGGAUUUAAUCAACCUCCUAACACUUUCUCUUGACCUCUAUCACACAGAAGAUGAUAUUUACAAACUCUCAUUGGUGCUGGAGCCCAGGAAUUCUAAAUCGCCUACCUCUCCUACAACUCCUAACAAACCAGUAGUGCCAUUGGAGUGGGCAUCGGGGGUGAUGCCCAAGCCUGACCUGACUAUUAUUAACAAGCACAUAAGGAAGUUAGUCGAGUCUGUUUUUAGAAACUAUGAUCAUGACCAUGAUGGGUAUAUCUCCCAAGAGGACUUUGAAAGUAUUGCCGCCAACUUUCCCUUCUUGGAUUCCUUCUGUGUGUUGGACAAAGACCAGGAUGGCCUAAUUAGUAAAGAUGAAAUGAUGGCUUAUUUCCUAAGAGCUAAAUCUCAACUCCAAUGUAAAAUGGGACCAGGAUUUGUCCAUAAUUUUCAAGAGGUGACCUAUCUUAAGCCAACUUUCUGUGAACAUUGCGCAGGAUUUCUCUGGGGCAUAAUCAAGCAAGGAUAUAAAUGCAAAGAUUGUGGAGCCAACUGUCACAAGCAAUGCAAAGACCUUCUUGUGCUGGCAUGCAGGAAAUUUGCAAGGGGGACCUCCGUGGGAAGUGGUCAUGGCUCUCUUCCAGGCAGCCCAUCAUUGCCGCCAGUUCAGGAUGAGGUGUUUGACUUCCCUGGGGUUGCUGCUGGACAUCAGGAUCUGGAUAGCCGAGCCAUAACCUUGGUGACAGGCUCUUCCCGAAAGAUCUCCGUGCGCCUUCAGAGAGCCACCACCAGUCAGGCCACUCAAACGGAGCCCAUGUGGUCUGAGUCUGGAUGGAGCGACUCAGGAUCUCACACAUUUCCCAAAAUGAAAUCCAAGUUCCAUGGUAAAGCUGGAAAGGACAAAGGCUUUGCCCGAUGGGAGAAUGAGAACCCUGGGGGGCAGGUCACCAAGAACAUGGUGAGCCAGAGCACAGAGUAUGAACUGGACCAGAAUGGAGCAGACACCAAUGAAGCUAACCAAGAAUGUGAGGAUGGCUGACCCUUGGAUGGGGAAAAUGAAUGUCUAAUGAACUUGGCAGUUGUAUAAAGCAAGAUGAAGAAUCAUGAAGACCAUGUUCUAGUCUGGGAAAAUGAUCAAAAAAUAUUCCUGCCUUGUGAACUUCUCAGGUCAUUCCGUCCCAAGAGUGUGAUGGAAGGUCCCUGUCUGUGCAGCACAAAAGUCAAUGUACUAUUUAUUUCUCCCCCUUCCCCCAGUGACUGAUGUUAGGCAUUUCAGAAACAAUGAAGACUGCUAUAUGCCAACUCUAACACUCUUGUUUUUUCUUUCUUUGUCUGUGGGCGAAAAGAAUGCUUUUUGUGCAUGUUCUACCCAUUCUCUAAACUGAAUGUAUUUGUUUUUUUCUUUUCCUGUGAAAAUAUCUUAUCAUUUUUAUAAACUUAAUGUGGGUAGAGAUCAAACAAGUGUCAAAUCUCUGAGUUGAAGAAGUCUAACUGGUAUCUGAUGCCUGGGGUAAGUGACAAAUCAAAUUCUGGUGGGCUUGAGAGGGGUGAGGAAGAGACCUUGAAUAGCAAGGCCCCCAGUAGUAGAAGAGAUUACUAUUGGAAAGGCCAUCGUCAAAAGAGGGAGAGGGACAGGAAAGCACCACGGAAGAGUUCAUGAGAUGGACAGCUGCCUGGAUUACGAAGUCAACCCAUGAUCUGGUAGCCUUCUAUUCCCCCAUAUUGUUUUGCUAAAUAAGUGCUAAAUUGAAUUAUUGCUAUCUGCAGAAGGAACACGUGUCAGCACACUCUAAGUUUUGGUUCUGGACAUAAAACCCUUCCACUCCACUCCUGUUAUGACUCUGGGUGGAAUACUUCACCCCAUAAUACUCAUUUUGCCAAGCACCAGAACUUUUUUCUUCCUCUUUGGAUAACCCCAGAACAGACCCAGCAAAACACAGAAUUCACCAUUUCCUCUAUGCACUCAUUGUCACAGGCAACAAGUUUACUUUGUCCUUUUUUAUAUUUAUUUCACUUAAGUUGUAACAUCUGAAGCCUCUGGGAAAAUCAAAGAUAUGGUCUGGAAGAACUCCCUAAACAUACUUAGUCCGUUAUAAAAAUAAUGAUUAUUUUGGUAGAAAAUUAACUGUUUGAUCCAUUAGACUUGAUUUAGAAAUGUUCCUUUUUAUUUUGUAACUACUGAAAUGUUCCAGUCUUAGACAAUCAAUUUUGAGGAAAAAAAAAAUCAUAGCUACAGACAAAACAACAACAAUGAAAGCAAACUUUUUUCUUCUUCCAGGAAUCUUGUUGCUAAAAAAAGAGAACUCUUGGUCACAAAGACGAUUCUCAGUGUUCUUUUUUUGUAACUGAUUAUGUAACCCCCAUAAAUAAAAACUAGUCUUGGGA